AUGCUACCAAGAGCCACUCCCCAGGACCCUGACUUUGGGGAAGCCUCUAUAUGUGGGGGCAGCUUUGAGAGCCAGAAGGAAGGCCCAGCCAGCACGAACAUAAAACUGGCCCUUUCCCAGGAGAAAGGUGGCGGUCAGGUGACCACGGGGUGGAGAGUCCAUGAGGGUGAAGACAAUUCAGGCUUAACCACUGAGCUGACAUUUCAGAGAGAUAUUUUGGAAGAAAAAGCUCAUAUUUAUGAUCCACAUGAUCAAAGCUUUAAACAAAAUUCAGAGUUUAGCAAAAAUCAGAGGCAACCAAGUGUGAAGAAAUCCUAUGAAUGUAAAGAGUGUGGGAAAACCUUCAAAGGGAGAUCCAGCCUUAUUGACCAUCGAAGAAUUCACAGCGGAGAGAAACCCUACGUCUGUCUUGAAUGUGGGAAAGCCUUCAUGCAAAAUUCAAGCUUUAUUAACCAUCGGAGGAUUCACACUGGAGAGAGACCGUAUAAGUGUAACGAAUGUGGCAAAGCCUUCAGGCAGAGAUCGAGCUUUAUUAAUCAUAAGAGAAUUCAUAGUGGAGAGAAGCCCUAUAAAUGUAAUGAAUGUGGGAAGACUUUCAGGGGAAGCUCAGACCUUAUUAAGCAUCGCAGGAUUCAUAGUGGAGAGAAGCCCUAUGAAUGUAGUGAAUGUGGCAAGGCCUUCCGUGGCAGCUCAGCCCUUCUGGAACAUCAGAGGAUUCACCGAGGAGAAAAGCCCUAUAAAUGCCAGGAAUGUGGCAAAGCCUUUAGGGGAAGAUCUCACCUAAUUCGCCACCAGAGAAUUCACACUGGAGAAAAGCCCUAUGGAUGUAAUGAAUGUGAGAAAGCCUUCAGGGCUAGCUCUGAUCUAAUUCAACACCAGAGAAUACACAGUGGAGAGAAACCUUAUGAGUGCCAUGAAUGUGGAAAAGCAUUCAGGCUGAUUUCGACCUUUAUCAACCAUCAGAGAAUACAUAGUGGAGAAAAGCCCUACGAGUGCAUCAAAUGCGGGAAGGCUUUCAGAAGGAACGCAUACCUUAUUCGGCAUCAGAGAAUUCACACGGAAGGAAAACCUUAUGGUUGUCAUGAAUGUGGAAAAGCUUUCAGAGGAAGCCCAGCCCUGACUGAGCACGAAAGAAUUCACAGAGGAGAGAAACCCCAUGAGUGUCACGAAUGUGGGAAGGCUUUCAGGGCAAGCUCAGUCCUUACUGACCAUCAGAGGAUUCACAGUGGGGAGAAACCUUAUGAAUGUCAUGAGUGUGGGAAGGCCUUUAGGUGGAGUUCAGAUCUCAUUCAACAUCAGAGAAUUCAUAGCGGGGAGAAACCUUAUAAAUGUCCUGAAUGUGAGAAAGCCUUCAGGAGGAGCUCUGACCUCAUUAAGCAUCAGAGAAUUCACAGUGGAGAAAAACCCUUUGAAUGUAAUGCCUGUGGGAAAGCUUUUAGUGGGAGUUCAAACCUCAUCAGACAUCAAAGAAUUCACAUUCGAGAAUAAUUCCAGAAACUUCAAGCAUAGAGAUGGGGACUGAACCUAUGAUUUCAGUGAUACAGGGAUUUCCCAGGUGAGGAAAUUCUUUCCCCAAAAUAGAUUAGCACCUUCUCUACAAAUUAUUAACUUGAACUAAGUUGCCUGAAGCACUAAGACAUUAAUUCACUUGCCCAAGGGCACAGUUGGAUGUGACAGCUCACUGUAUAGUUCUCUGUCCAAAUAGAUAUUGUAAGUUAUUCAAUCAGACAUGUGACUUUUUUUCUGUUCGGAGUCAGGAAGCUGGCUGAAAUCCUGACUCACUCACUAGUUGUGUGGCCCCGGGCAAGGCUUUUCACUCCUGUCAACUUUGGUUUCCUCAUCUGCAAAAUGAGGGUGUUAGAUUUAAUGGUUUCUAAAUCUAUAAUCCUAUUGUAUUAGAGGCCAUUCAUUACUCAAACAUUUGUCAAGUAUCUACUGUGUGCAAAACAGUUCUAGGCAGGAGAGAUUCUAAAACAGGAUAGGGCACUUACAUGAUAGUAGGGACCUGCGGCAUAUAGAUAACACAGAGAACUGUAAAACAUGAUGACCUCGGUUUAAAAAGGGCUAACCACUGAGGAGUGCGUGC